AUGUCUGCUCCUGACGUUGCCCACGAUCGUCCCGAAACGGGCCACUCGGCUGGAAAGAGCUCUCUAUCCAGCAAAUCGGACCCGAACCAAGCCCUGAGAGGCGAAGAAGCCGUCUACAGCGUCGGUUCCACCGGAUUCUCCCUGCGCUCGAUCCAACAUCGUGACCGCGAAGGCAAGAUAAUCACUGAACCUGACCUAUCGAACCCUACCCGCUACCGAUUCGAGCGACCAUUGGACACGAUCCGAUCGUUUGAGGCAGCUAUUGAGCGCCGUCGGAGGGAGAAUAUGUAG